UCAGCGUUUGUUUUGAACCUUGCUGUAUUGUUUAAUAUGACAUCAGCUUCAUGGGCCGAAACGAUAUGCGUCUGGUUUUAAUCUGAAGACAUUAUUUUAGGGUAAACAUGAACUAUUGUCGUUUAGCGGUACCUCAUCUGAACACCACCAUGCUGCGUUUGGGGGCGGAUAUCGUCAGAUCGUCGUCAUGUUUCCACAAGGUCGGUGGUUAGCCACAAGCUAGCCUCCAUGGAUGGACUCAUUCAUGAACAUAAGUAUAAAACAUCAAAUCUGAUUAUGUUUAAUGGUGAUCAACUCACGGAUAUAUCAACACUACGCUCAUCUUCUUUGUGGGCAUACAUGACCUAAUCAUUUGUCAUGUAUGAACAACUUUCUGUGAAGUGUGAAGCUCUGCAUCACUUCAGAAGACGAGACAUGGAGAGCUUCACAGACUGGGCAUAGAAAGAGGAUGACCUGAGCUGUCCUUAGAUACAAUUGUACUCUGCGUCCUGCAUCCGGUUAAUAUGAAACACAAAAUGGACACUUGUUCCAGAGAGCGUUCCCAAGGCCGGGAGUCCCACGGGGGGAGCGUCCGUAGCCUCAGCUCAGGACCCGCUUCGCCGCCCGCCCCGGGGCUGGGCACCUCCCCCCAGAGCACGGACCCUGAACCCCGCCCGGCCACCCCUCCCUGGAGCCCUGACCUGGGCCCCCCGCCCGCCCCCACCCACUGCUGCAUGAGCGGCUGUCACAACUGCGUGUGGAUCGAGCACGCGGAGCGGCUGCUGGCCUUCUACCAGGACGGCGGGGACCGGGCGCUGGAGGCCAUCGAGGAGAACGUGGAGGACGAGAACCUCAAGGCGUACCUGAAGAUGGAGAUCAGGCUGCUGAAGAAGCAGUGACGGACGAUGGGACUGGGCGGCCGAAUGGGCGGCCGAACCCUUGAUGUGGGAGGAUUUAGAGCAAGGAGGGUUUUUAUGGUCGUACUUUGAAUGCACUUUAAAUGUCUUAUUUUAUUAAUAUAUUUUAAUCUUGUGUCAACUUGGUCGGUUUAUUUUCUUAUUUGAAUCAAGGAUUGUGUGAACAGUACUCCUGGGUGUGAGAGCAGUCGCUUAUAGAAAUGCAUAGAUGCUAUAAUGUGUCCAAGACUAUUCUAUUCUGUUCCAAAUGUGUUUAUCCCGCCUAGCUCUCCACAGACCAGUGUUGGGUUGAGUCGUCCAGCGUCUCACGACCCUCCAAAGGGACGCCUGCAUUAUGUUCCAUAUUGCAGGCGUCUCUUCAUGUCCGUCGAUCUUAUUGAUGCCAACUGCCGACCCCAAUGGCUCCUGGUUAUCUGUAACCUAAGGCCGUGAAAUUUUUAGACCUUUACAUUUCUAUUGAAUUAAGUGCAUUCAUUAGUUAUCUAUUGCCCUCAUGGUUCCAUCGUGAGUUAGAUUUAAUAAUUGCCUGUUUAUUUUAUUAUUUUUUUAUUUAUCUAUUAAAUUAUUUGAUAUUAUUUUA